AUGCCCAACCCAGCGGCUCCACUUACCAUCAGAGUCCUCCGAAACAUGUUGAGAGAUGCCAAGUCAGAUAUUAAGGCCCACAUGGCCACUGAACUGGGCAAGCAGAUCGCAGGCCUCAAAGAAGACAUGGAGGCCUUUACUUCCCAUACCACUCAGGUGGAGACCUGGAUCUCGAAACUCUCCAAUGCCACCUCUGCCCAGGCUCAAGACAUCGCAUACUUCCAUGGGCAAAUUUCCACUAUUGAAGACGAACUGGAGGACCUCAACAAUAGAUCUAGAUGGAACAAUAUCCGAGGCCUACCAAAAACCGUCACACCUGAGCUACUUAUCCCCACACUCAGGGACAUUUUCAAAGCCAUGGCUCCAAAGAUCUAG